AUGACAAUACACUCUGCGAAAGUCAAUGAUAGUCGAUGCUACGUCGAGGGAAGACCUAAACUGAUCUUUUCCUCCACUCCAUCUCUGAAACAUCAAGUUGUUGAAAGAACAUGGAUAAUCACAAUUUCGUCGCAACAAAGUAAUGAGAAUAUAAUAGUCGCUUUUAUUCGACGGGGAAGCAAAGAUGCUAUUGCUGCGGUGGAUCUUCAUGCUAAUAACAUUGUGCGGGUGCUGGCGACCAGCUUCUUGGAACUCGACACCUUGGAGAACGAUCUCAGCGAGAAUUUGUACAAAACUGCGGCUUUUGCUGUGCAUUGCUAUAAAUUGGCCAGCAUGCUCGCCAUGAGGGAGAACAUGGGCGUUCUGAUGGACACCCUUGAAUCGGAGCCGUUCGCACCUGUGGGCGACGAGGAGCUGGAAAUUCAGAGGAAGUUUGACAAAUCGGCCGAGAAGAUCGUGAAGGUUUAUACGACUGUCCUAGAGACGUGGACGGUGUGGACGGUGCUGGUGACGUUGCUGAUGAAUUUUACGAGCAGGAAANUCCUCCACUCCAUCUCUGAAACAUCAACUUCUUGGAACUCGACACCUUGGAGGUACCUCUACAAUGUGUACACGACGAUGUGUUUUGCAACGGUACACCUCGCCUUUUUCGGUGGAAUUCUGGACCUCGUUCUCAUCGUUGAAAACCAGAACGAUCUCAGCGAGAAUUUGUACAAAACUGCGGCUUUUGCUGUGCAUUGCUAUAAAUUGGCCAGCAUGCUCGCCAUGAGGGAGAACAUGGGCGUUCUGAUGGACACCCUUGAAUCGGAGCCGUUCGCACCUGUGGGCGACGAGGAGCUGGAAAUUCAGAGGAAGUUUGACAAAUCGGCCGAGAAGAUCGUGAAGGUUUAUACGACUGUCCUAGAGACGUGGACGGUGUGGACGGUGCUGGUGACGUUGCUGAUGAAUUUUACGAGCAGGAAAUUGCUGUAUCGAGUCUGGCUGCCGUUCGAGUAUACCUCAGCAACAAUAUACUCCUUGGUCUAUCUGCACCAUACUCUGGUCACCGUGGUCUGCGUCACGCUGACGGCCGCAUACGACAGCCUGUUCGCUGGCCUGCUGGUACACAUAUACUCUCAGUUCGAGAUACUUCGGCACCGUCUGCAAAACGUUCACAGGAACGAGAACGAUUCGGUGAAACUUUGCGCCCUUCAUCAUGACCAGAUCUACAAGUUCGCCAACAUGGUGAACAACGAGUUCAAGUCUGUGACAUUCAUGCAGUUCGUAGAGAGCACCGCCGUCCUGUGCUUCAGCCUCUAUCAGCUGACGCUGUCCGAGCUUGACGGCAGUCUAGCUGACGUUGCCCUUUAUGUUACCUGCACCCUCCUGCAGAUUCUCUACUUCUGUUGGUUCGGGAACGAGAUCAAGCUGAAGAGUCUGGAGGUGCCAAACAUGAUUUUCGAAAGCGAAUGGACGUCAUUGAGCACCAAGACGAAGAAGAUCCUACUAAUGAUGAUGAACAGAGCUACGGUGCCAAUAGAAUUCACUAGUGUCCACAUCGUCGCCGUCAACCUCGAAACUUUCAAGUCGUUGGUCAAGACGGCUUACUCGGUAUUCAAUCUGCUUCAACAGAACCAAUAA